AUGGCCUUCCUUACUGGCGUCGACCUAGAAGGUCGACUGCAGGAUCAUGCGCAGCUGGCGCUUCCAGCGCCUCCCAAGCGACGGAAAGCUCGGCCCAAGCACAACGAGGAUGAGCUCUUAGCCAUCGAGACGAAGCCAGCAGACUACAGCGAGCUGCUGCGAGAAGCCACCAAGCUUGAGCUAGAUGACUCGCUGGAAGAGCUGAGGCGCAUGAUCAAGCGCACCCGCAGCAACAUGGACUGCCAGAUGAAGGUAUUGGAUGGUUUCAUUUCGGACGUCAACCACCUCAAAGGCAAUGCGAGGAGCUUCGAAGGCGACUCCAACACGCCGGCGUUACCCCCCAGUUUCGAGGGCCCACGCCCGGCUCUGAAGGCCAGCUCGUCUUCUACUGCGCUGACGGCAGGAUCUGAGAGCCGGAUCGUUCCCAAGAGGAGCACGGCCCUUCCCGCACUGGGCCAUUCUGCGUCAGCCCCCUCCAUUGGCACAGCGGGAUUGCUUUCGCUGCGGAACAUGGCUCCCUUGACGAUGCCGCAAAGGCGCGCCCCUCCGGGCGCAGGCCCGCUCAACAAAGUCGGCCGGCGAGCAAUGGGGGCUGCGACACCCUCGCAGCGUGAUUUGCGAUAG